AUGCCCAAGGUUGUCCUCAUCUCCUCUAUCAUCGCCAUUGUUAGUGGUCAUGGUUGGAUAUCAAGCCCCCAGGCCAGGAAUGCUGUGCCUGGUCCAAAGAAUGGCUAUGGUCCUCAGUCUGGUAACAGUGUCGGGGUUGUUGGUCGGAUCCAAGCUAAGAACGCCCCUUUCCCUGAUAAUCACGAUGCGGAAGGCACUCACGGCUUGUGUGGCGAUCCUUUUGAAGGGGCUGGGAGUAGUCUAUCACCUCUUAGCCAACAACCAUACAUGCAACAGGGUCCAGUUAUGGCUACUUACACUCAUGGUCACAAUAUCGACAUCGAAAUACACUUGACCGUCCAUCAUUGGGGUCACUUCGAGUUCCGUAUCUGUGAGGGUGGAUUAAACGGUGAGAAGUACUCGACCCAGAAGACUGGUCAAGACUGCCUCAACAAGAAUCUUCUCGUGAGACCCGAUCCUAAAACCCGCUCUGACUGCCGUAAUGCUACGAAUAUCGACGCCAGCAAUUACGACUGCCAACCACUAGACAGUGAGCAUCCAGAAAGAUGGUAUCUGCCUCCACCUAACUUUGGUACUGACGGAAUGAAGUAUAGGAUGACCUUCAAGUUGCCAGAAAAUCUCACUUGUUCUGGCUGUACUAUCCAAUGGAACUGGAUAACUGGCAACUCCUGUCUAGUGGAGGGGUAUAGGGAAUACUUCGCUAAGUUUAAGAAGGAGUACCCUAACCUGGACUCUUCGUGGGAUCAGUCUAACUCGCAUAAGGAUAACUGUGCCCGGACCAGGAAUGGUGAACAGUUCUGGAACUGUGCCGAUAUCCAGAUUCAGUAG